CAUUUACACCAUGGACAUGGUGCUCAUGGACAUCAUGCUCAUGGUCACCAUGGUCAUCAUUCGUCUUCUUCCUCUUCCUCGCCUUCAUCUUCUCAUCAUCAUGCUCAUCAUCAUUACACCAACCAUCACUCACAUCAUUCUCACCAUCAUCUUUCAGGUUCUCCUCGAUCUCCUCAUUCACUCACCUCUUGCUCACCAGCCUCAACAUCGGCCUCAUCGCCAAUGUCUCAUGCCAACGGGAACAAGGAAAAGAUUCGUAUUUGGAUUCGAGAUCAGGCCAAAAUUUUUGUGGAAAAGUAUUUCGACAACGAGAACGAAAUGAACGAAGCCAUGAGCACAUUGAAUCGUAUCAAUGAAGCAAUGGAAACUUUUGACAAUGGAAAUGAUCUGGAUGGAUUGAAAGAGUUUAGAAAUGUUCUCUUGGAUGGAGACAUUUCACCAUUCGAACUGAUUCAUUGUGGGAUAAUCAGUAAAUUGAUCGGAUACUUAUCAGGUUUGAAGGAUGAGAAGAAAGAGAUAAAAGAAAAGAAAGAAAAAGAAAAAGAAAGAGACAAAGAAGAAAUGGAAGAAAUAGAAGAGAGAAAUGUCCGAAUCCGACGUUUUCUUCAUGUUUUCCUUGGAUCUCCAGUGGAUGAUCACAGUGUGAUAAUGGACGAGAAUGAAUUGAAAUUGGAUGUUCGACCAAUGUCCACUCUUGUUUGUAAGUUGAAUGCUUGUAUCUCCCAAUUGGAACAAUUUCCUGUUCGAGUACAUGAUGUACUUGGAACCGGAACAGGCAAUAUAAGAGGCAAGUGCAUUGAAGUUUUCAAUACCCACCAACUAAAGUGUAAUUUACAAAGACACCGAGACUGUACAAAUUUGAAACAAUGGCGAGGGGGAACAGUUAAAAUUGAUCCGUUGGCCUUAGUACAAGCGAUUGAAAGAUAUUUGUUAUUACGAGGAUAUGGACGAGUUAAAGAGGAAGAAGAUGACAAUAGUGAUGAUGAUAAUUCAGAUGAUGAUUUCGAUGAUAACAUGGCCUCAGUUGUUAUGAAUCAAGGUCAAGGUCGCCAUAAGAUUCAAUUUUUAAUCGAUGAUAAUGUUCUUCCUUAUAACAUGACAGUUUAUCAAGCGAUAAGACAAUUCAGUUCAUCGGGAGGAAACUCACAUAUGAUGGACGGACUUGAAAAUGAUAACGAUUUUGACUCACCAGUGGGCAACUCAAAUAUGUGGAUAACAACACACACAAUUUAUUAUCGUUCAAUAAGUGAGCGUUCAUCUCCCUCAACAACACCUAUUCAAAAUACAUCAUCAAUCAGAUCUUCAGCAAUUACCGCAACACCUUCAUUCUCAAUGGCAAUAGAGACUCGAAGUGGUCGAUGUUUAACUCGAGCCGGAUCAAUUUCGGCAGCAGCAUUGUUAUCAGAUUUAUCAUCCAAUGCAACAGGAUCUCCAUCGACUUCGUCAUUAUCAACCAAUUUAUUAACUCAAUACAUGAAUUGCUCAGGAAGUUGUUCAACCACAACCAGUGGAUCAUCAAAUGUUCAUUCCUAUUCAUCUACACCUUUAUCACCCCCAAUGAUGACUCCAUCAUCAUCAGGAAUUGCCACAAGCUCUUCAAGUCGUCGAUCAUCAUCUAAAUCAAAUAAAGCACCAGUAGGAUUUUUCCCUGUUUCAUCUUCAUCAACUUCCUCAUCAUCAUCUUCUUCCUAUCGUAAGAAAGAUGAACUUUGGAUUGAAGGUAAAACUCCUCGGAUCUCAUCAACAGUUUACAAUUAUCUGAUUCCUUCAUUGCCAAAAUGUGUCAACAUUGAAGAUUGUUCAUUGGAAGUGAUGAACUUAAUGAGAAUCUUGAAUGCACUUAAUAGGUGUUGGAGUUGGUUCUACAAUCUACCAAUUAGUUCAAAUCCUGCCAUAUUGCAAAGUGAAUUUGUAAAUAGUAAACUAACAGCCAAAGCUAAUCGUCAACUGCAAGAUCCACUUGUAAUAAUGACCGGUAAUCUGCCCCAAUGGUUAUCCCAAAUAGCGUAUGUGUGUCCAUUCCUGUUUCCAUUUGAGACUCGUCAUCUGUUAUUUUACAUAACCUCAUUUGAUCGGGAUCGAGCCUUACAACGAUUACUGGACUCGACUCCAGGAUUGAAUUCUAGUGACACGAGUGAGAGAGUGACCCCUCGAUUGGACAAACGUAAGAAGACAGUGACACGAGAAGAUAUACUUCGUCAAGCGGAAUCUGUUUUCCAUGAUAUCGGAAAUUCAAAAGCUUUACUUGAGAUUCAAUAUGAGAACGAAGUUGGAACUGGAUUAGGACCAACACUCGAGUUUUACGCUUUGGUGUCUAAAGAGAUGCAAAGAGCUGAUUUGGAUAUGUGGAGAGGAGAAGCAAUUAGUUCAUCGAGUGUUAUUAUGCCUUUAAUUUAUUCUAAUGAUAAAUUGUCAUCUACACGAACUGGACCAUCACAUCAACGACAUCAUAAUCAUAAUCACAACCACAGUCAAAAUCAGAACCAGAAUCAGAAUCAGAAUCAGAAUCAAAACCAAAAUCAACAACAACAGAAUCUAUUUGAUUAUGAAUCAAACGAAAUGAUGAUUGAUAUUGACCCUCAAUAUCUGAAAAAGAGUGAGGUCACUAAAGAAAUUCGUUAUAAUAAUCAGAAUCAAAACUUUCAUCAAAUUCAGAACCAACAACCUCAACAGCAACAACAACAACAACAACAUCACCAUAAUCACCAUCAUACUCAUCAUCAACCACAAUCAGUUCAAUAUAUUUAUUCAUCUGAAGGUUUAUUUCCAUCUCCUGUUGGUAAAUCAACUAAAACAACCUCAUUGUCUAAAAUUAAGAGUCGAUAUCGAUUACUCGGGAAAUUCAUGGCCAAAGCUUUGAGUGAUUCUAGAAUGAUUGACUUACCAUUGAGUGUCCCAUUCUACAAGUGGAUCCUUGGUCAAGAAUCUACCUUAAGUGUGUCCGAUAUGCACUUUAUUGAUGCAACUCUAGCAAAAUCUGUGACAAAUAUGUUCUUGAUUGCACAAAAGAAACAACUCAUGAAACGAGGAAUAUCCGAAGAGAAUCAUGACUCAUUAACUCUUAGUGGUGUUUCCAUUGAGGAUCUUCAUCUUGACUUUACUCUUCCGGGUUUCCCUGGAAUUGAACUUCGUAAAGGAGGUAAAGACAUGAGUGUUACAUUGGAGAAUAUCGAUCAAUACUUACGAUUAAUGGUUCAUUGGACAAUGAUCGAAGGAGUCUCUCGACAAAUGGAAGCUUUUAAAGAAGGAUUCGAAUCUGUUUUACCCUUAACGCAAUUACAAAUAUUUUAUCCGGAAGAAUUGGAGCAACUUUUCUGUGGCUCUUGUCACCAAACAUGGGACAUGAAAACUCUGAUUGAUUGUUGUCAUCCUGAUCAUGGUUACACUUACGAUUCACGAGCAAUCAAAUAUUUGUUUCAAGUUUUAUCUUCAUUGAACAGUGAAGAGCAACGUAAAUUUUUACAAUUCGUUACCGGAUCACCUCGACUUCCAGUUGGUGGAUUGAAAAGUUUAUCUCCUCCAUUGACGGUGGUUAGGAAAACAUUUGAACCUGGAGAAAAUCCCGACGAUUUUCUGCCCAGUGUGAUGACUUGUGUUAAUUACUUGAAAUUACCUGAUUAUUCAAACAUCGAUAUAAUGAGAGAGAAAUUAAUCUUUGCUGCUAAUGAAGGACAACACUCUUUCCAUUUAUCUUAAUACAAACCUCGCCACCAGAAUAAAGUGUGACCAUUUAAAGACAAUGCCAACACUUGAGAUAACAACGGAAAAUCUUAACAAUGCAAAAAUAACUUUAAUCUAAUACCUAAUCGGAAUUUAAUCGAGUCGAUUUAUUUUGACAUUCAUACUCUUCUCAUCUUCCUCAUGCAUAAAAGCGCUGUUAUUAACAUUUCGCUCAAUUGUUAUUAACGAAUAACUUUUGAUCAAUGGCCAUACAACAAAAAAUAUUAUGUGAAAAUAAUUAAUAAUCUAUGUAUGCAAAUUUCCUUAUCCAUUAUUCAUUUUCAAAACCGAUUUCUUGUAUUCAUUUAAAAAGAUUAAACUUUUUUGUUCAAUUUAA